AUGUCGCGGCGAUUUCCGAUCCAGGUAGCCCAAUCUGAGAUCCCACCCAUUGCCUGGGGACUCUGGCGCAUGGUGUAUCGACUAUGGCUCCAUCCGUUGUCAGGAUAUCCGGGCCCACGGCUCGCCGCUGUCUCCAAUCUACCAUAUUUUGCCUGGACGUGCACAGGCAAUCUGCACCUGCGCCUCCAGGAACUUCAUAAAGUGUACGGGGACGUCAUUCGGAUCCGGCCCAAUGCCCUAACUUACCGGACGCCCGAGGCCUGGACAGACAUCUACGGUCACCGAAAGCCGGGCACCCUGCCUUUCAGCAAGGAUCCGGAAUUCUUCAUGCCAGCCCAGGCAGGCUCGUCGCAUAUGAUCAACGCCAAUGAGAAGGACCAUACUCGGCAGAAACGGCUCCUGAACCAUGCAUUUUCCGAGCGAUCGCUGCGCCAGCAGGAACACCUCAUCAUGGGCUAUAUUGAUCUCUUCAUCCAAAGGCUUCGAGGACAGGCACGUAUGGGGGCCGAGACAGUCAACAUGGAGGAGUGGCUGAACUUUCUGACAUUCGAUAUUAUUGGCGACCUUGCAUUUGGGGAGCCAUUUGGCUGUCUUCAGAACUCUGAAUAUCAUCCCUGGGUUGCAACCAUCUUCAAAAGUAUCAAGACUGGGGCCAUCCUCCGGGCUUUGAAUAUAUACCCCAUCUUGUUAGGCUUCAUCCGGAGGUUCCUCCCCAAGAGUCUCGUUCAGAAGCGGAUUGCGCAUUACCAGAUGAGCAAGGACAGAGUCACACGGCGGUUGCAAACCGAAACGUCGCGGCCGGACUUCAUCUCCUACAUCCUCAAAUACAACGACGACCGAGGGAUGAGUACACCCGAGAUUGAGAUGAACGCAGCCCUCCUAAUUCAAGCCGGCAGCGAGACCACUGCCACCGUGCUAGCUGCGUGUCUCUACUUCCUACAGAAGAAUGCCGCGUGCCAUCGAAGACUCGUCCAAGAUAUCCGCUCCGCCUUCACCCAAGAGACCGAUAUCAAUUUUCUAUCAGCUGCUCAGCUCCCAUACAUGAACGGAGUCAUCGAGGAGAGCCUUCGUCUCUUCCCUCCAGCACCAGGGAUCGGCCCACGAGUCGUCCCGAAAGGGGGUGCCCGAAUCUGCGGUCGCUAUGUGCCGGGUGGCGUCUCUGUGUCUGUGGGCCACUACUCAACCUUCCGUAGCGCCAGGAAUUUCACCAGACCUAAUGAAUUCCUACCGCAGAGAUGGCUUGAUCGUGACGCAGAGAGUGAGUUCGCCUCCGAUCAGACGAUGGCUCUCCAGCCGUUCUCCUAUGGACCGCGUGCUUGCAUUGGAAGAAACCUCGCAUACGCAGAAAUGCGCACAAUUCUGGCCAAGAUCCUGUGGCACUUCGACGUCCAGCUGGAUGAGCGUUCAGCAGACUGGGCAAAUUCCAAGAGCUACAUCGUAUGGGAGAAGGGGCCUCUGUGGUUGAAGUUGCAUCCCCGGAAUGUACCACAGGAGACUGAUUGA